AUGCUUCGCAACAUCUUGCCCAUAGCCCUGCUGCAUCAAGCCAGCGGUGCAUGUUUCAAGCAUGUGUCUUGCACCAGCUGCAUUGCUGAAAGCAAUGAUGCUGGGUAUUGCAUGUGGUAUACGCAGCCGCGGCUGGAGGGGAUCGGUGCCUGUGUGGCCGGCCACCCCGGCUACGCACCUCCCCAAGACAUGUCCGGGCAGCUGGCCACAGAUGCUUAUGGCCUGUGGUCCAUGACGCUGCCAACCAGCGAGACGGCCUAUUUCACUGUGCAUGACAUUGAUCAAAUCUCAGACGACAGCUGCUACACCACAGAAUGCCUGUACCAGGCAGGGUGUGACCCAGGCUAUUAUGCAGUGGAGAACAACCCUUGCUAUAGCGACGAUGUCUUUCCUGCUUGGCGGGAGCUUCGCUGCUGUCGGCAGCAGCGGAACAUAAAUGGUUACUUGAGAGGCUUCGAGGCCACCAACGGGAUCAUCGAUGGCAAGCUCUUCUAUGCGUCUUGCUGUGCAACCUGCUAUCCUGGUGAGGUGAUUGUCGGCUGCCACGCCUACUUCGCUGGGGAGUGCCAGACAUGCGCCGCCGGAAGGUUCAAUCCCACGGGCAGCCCUGGCAGCAGCUGCGAGUCUUGCCAGCCAUGCGAAGCGGGCAAGAUUCGCAAGGGCUGUGGUCCAGCAACGGCCGGCUUGUGUGUGGAAUGUGCGGCUGGCAGCGAGUUCAAAACCAUCGGGUUGGAAGGUGCAUGGACAGACACCUGCCAGGCAUGUGAGGACUGUCCAAGAGGCCACGUCCGCGUGGGUUGCGGUGGGGCAGACCCUGGCCACUGCUCGCCGUGCUCUGGGGGCAGCUUUUUCGGAGCACCUUUCUGUCGCACUUGCUUCACAUGCAUCCAGGGCGAGCGCCGGGGCUGUGGUGGACAGCAGAUUGGCGUUUGCACGGAAUGCAGCAUGGGUAAGUACGAGGUGGCGAACACUGACGGUGCUUGCUUGGACUGCGAAACAUGCUCUGAAGACGAAGCAGAGACGAGCGCGGACGGCUUCCAAGUUUCGGGACCAUGGGUUCGCGUGGGAUGUGGAGCUGCUUCCACUGGCAAAUGCGUGCGCAUGGCAGCGCAGCUGAACCUCCAGGACGUUGCAAGAUGCCCGACAGCAGCUGAUGCGGAUGCGCUCUGCGAGGGUGCAUCAGUCUCUGCCCGCUGGACGAUGCAUGGGCUGUCUUUGCGGAAGCUCGAUGCGGAGUACGGGAAUUGCACCGCCGAAGCCGGCCUGUGCCUUUCCGGCUUCUGGCGCGUCACUCUCUACAGACGCGAGAUCGAUGACUUUGCUGGCACGCAGGUGGCCGAGCUGGGAGAGUGGUUCUCCGGCGAACUGGAGCACGAAUCAUCCCUGGACGAUCCCAACGCCGUGUUCGUGAAGAGAGGGCUCCAGCUACCCGAUGGGUUGCCAGAGGCUUCGGGCUACUUUCUGAGAAUCUUCUUCUUCGACGCCGGCGGGAGCUGCUGUGGGGCGACUUCGGUGAGCCCGCUCUUUGCGGACUCAGAAGAUCUGAGUUUGGCUGGCCAGAUGCAGGACGUGCAGGAAGCGGUUGAUUUAGCUGCACAUGAAAUUUCUGCUGGCAGCUGGCAGGCUGCCCAUGCCCUGCUGAGCGACACCUGCGCACAGCACAAUGUCGACGGCUCUUGGGAAGCCUGUGAGAGGGCGAAGGCACUGCAGCUUGGCUUGCCGGCGGGCCAGCGGAGCAUGGUGCCCUUUGCCCUGCUGCACUCUGCCGGCAGUGCAGACAUCGCGGCGCUCGGGGCCGCCUUUCCCGUCAAGGAAGCUGGCGAGCGCCUUUUGGACAUGGAGCGCAUCCAUGAGGUGAUGGUGCAACUGAUUCCGCCCAACCUGAGCGUAUGGCAGUCGCUUAUGCGUCCGUUGUUUUCCACGCCGGGGCGAUUGCUUUCCACUAAUGCCACGGACAGCAGUGCCAACAGCAGCGCUCCCAACAGCACCGACGGCAACGCCAUCAAUGGCACCAACGCCACGGCUGCGGAAGCCAGCAACGGCUCCAAUGGUACGGCGGUGGCAGAGGCCUCCACGACCACCGAGACCACCACCACGUUCCCACAGUUGUUGGACUUCACUGCAGAGACGGCAGAGGCCUUGUUGGUGCAGCUCCGAGGUGAGGCCCUUCAAGCAGCAGCAGGGGCUGAAGCCCUGAAGGAUCAGUGGCAGUCCGAGGUGUCCUCCUGCGUGCAGCUCCUGCCGGCCAAGCUUCGUGAACUACAGGAGAUCGACAAGCUCCUGGGCGAAAGUGCCGAGGCCGCGGGCUUCAGCGUCGUGCGCAUGGCGCAGGCCAUCACUUGGAAGCUCCGAGGAGAGCUGCAGCAGCUCGUCAACUCCACCGACCUGUCGGACAAGGAGCAGAAGAGCAUCGAGGUCGUCCAGAGAAUCGCCUCGAUGGCUUUGAUGAUGCUCGGAACAUGGGGCCACGAUUGGUAUCACGGCCUGGAGUGGCGGUUACUUGCACGGGUGGACUCUGCAACUUGGCCCCCGGUCAUGACGCCUCCGCUGGGCAGCGCAUUGCCACCACCGGGGGCCGUGAGCAUAGCAGAGACACGGAAGCGCGUCUGGGAUCCCUUUCUGCAGGUGGCGGAGGACUGGUUCUCCUUUGCAGAGGGCGUUCGCCUGGAGGUGGAGAACCAGACAGGCUCAGACGGGACCAGCGGCGCCUCGCUGACGCGACUUCUGCCCAUCAUGCAGGCAACGGUCGGCCAAGUCUCAGAUUUCACGGAGCAGGUGCUGGAACCACUCGCUCGAGAAGGCUCAACGCUCUUCGCCGGGCCGCUUCCAAACAUUUCACAGCCAUCAAGCUGCGGCAACCGCGGUUGGUGCUUGUCCUUCGCGGCACGUCAGCUGUCGGAGGAGUUGGCGAUAGAGGACGCAUGGGAUGGCUUCGGUCCACAAGCAGUCCGACCUUGGAUCGACCCACGCGUGGAGGACUUGCGACUGAAGAGGGCAUCCACUGAAAUUCUGCAGAUGGUUUGGGGCAGAAUACGGAUCUUGGAGGAACUCUUGCUUCAAGUCAUUGACGUGCGAGAUAUUCAGAAAGAGCCGAGUAUUUCUGCAGCUGCUUCGGCGCAGUCAAGCCACAUAGCAGCCCACAUAGACGUGAUCUUGCAGUGGUCGGACCGGCCGAACAUGACCACUGGCAGCGAUCAACCGGAAGCAGCCUGGCACUGGCACGAGCUCCGCAAGCUGCGCUCGGCACUGGACCGCAGCCGCCGAUCGGCUGCCUUGUUGGCACGACGGCGCCUGAGUCGCUUGGAGCUCUUGACCGCCUGGGUCUCGGGCCAGCGCGAUGAUGGCUAUGCAGCCGGGCCAGCCACCUGGAGUUGGCGAAGGCCGUGGUCACCGUGGAGCCUGCAGUCCGACGGCAGUCCGGCCAUGUCUCUUUUCGAAGCUUCGGGUGCAGCUGCUUCAAAGCUUGAGGCGGCCAUUGGUGACCAGGAAUUGCAUUCAGUGACGCAUGCACAGGCAUACCUCAGGUACGAUAUCAGCUUCGAUCAGCGUCCUGUAUCUUAUGCCGGAUUGGUCCAAACAGGCAGCGCGAUCAUGCGGCUGACAGCUCCUGCUGGACGGGAUCACUUGCUGAUGCACUCUGAGGCGAAAGCGUUUUUGAUCUCCUUGCCGGCAUCUCAGCUUCCAGAUCCCUUGCAGCCUGGUGCGGAAACGAGCGAAGCUCCGUCUGGAGCCUUUCCGCAGCCCCACGUGGAGCUCCGCUUGAAACGGUUGCCCGGGGCCUUCGAUGCUGCGGACACUGUGGUAGAGCCCCCGCAAGAAGGCACCCUGCCGUUUGUGACGCGACACGAACGUGGCACCUGCAUGCCGCUUGCCCAGAUCCAUGCCGAGAAGCCUCCUGAGAUAGUCCCUGCUGCUUUGCUGCCCCUGGAUGGCUUUUGGGUUCUGACCGCCCGGGAUGGCACGACGGCAAAGAUGCUUCAAAUCGAUGAAGGGACCGUCCUUCGCCUCUUGUUUGAGAUUGACGUUCCGGAUGGCACUCCACCGUGGCAGUUGUUGUCGGACACGCGGGACGUCUUGUACAAGUUGCCCGAAGAUGGGUCUUGCAGCGGCCUGCGGCCCAUCUUCGGUUCGGCGCCAGAAACUUCGACCUUUCCCCCAACUACUCGCACCACCCUGCACACUCAAACUGCCACCACGAUACCCUUGAUACCCACCACCAGCCGUCAGGGCGUCAUAAUUGUCGAGGAGGAAGAGGACCUUGUCUUGGCACCGAAGCACUCCACGUCCUUGCCACCGGGGGCCGCUCCGGAACCUUGGACUCCUCCGAUUUGGUUCUAUGCCGUUCUCUUCUUGCUGGUGCUUAGUAGCAUGGUCAUCGGAGUGCGAUGCGUCUUCAAGUACCAGCGCCGGCGCAUCCAGAAUGCGAAUAAGAUUCUGCCCGAGGUGUUGCAAGAGGAGGGGAAGGUGAACGUAGAAGAAGGCAGCCCCGCGGAGGCCGCCCCCACCAUCCUGACCAAGGAGAACCCGCUGCGAGAGACUGCAGCCGUCAAGGCAUCGGACAAUCCGUAUCUGGCCAUGGCCAAGAAGUCCCCCAAGAAGAUGGCAUCCCGAAAGAGUGGCUCGUGGGAGAUUUCCGACACCCCACGAGAGGACGAGGCCAAGAACGACGAGGACAACAAGUCCUGGUCCGAAGCAUCCACCCCGGAGGGUUCGGAUGCAGAGGACGCUGCCUCCAGCAGCCAUAGCAGCCUACACUCGCCGUCCUCGGGAUCUGGUGAUUCCUCGGCUUCCAGUCGCCGGUCGUUGGUUAGCCCCCGCACCGCGCUGGCAGCCAAGGCACUUGGCACCCACGCGCAGAACUUCAGCCCCGAUGCGCUGGCUGCAGGGGCCUUGCGGGCUCAUGCGCGGGACUUCAUGCCGGACGUCAGGCCCCCCAAGCCCGACGAUGUCAAGGCAGCUCAGGGUCUGCAUGCCCACGCCAAGAUGGUUGCCUCCUCCAGCAGUGGCCCGGCGCUCCCAGUCGUGCCGCCCGUGGCACGCCCACAGGGCUCCAAGCACUCCAAGGACUCCAAGGACUCCAAGGACUCCAAGAACUCCAAGAACUCCAAGGGCUCGGAAGCCGAGGAGGGUGCUGAGGUGAAAGAGGCCAAGAGCUCCACGGAGGCGCUCGGAUGA